UAAGCAUGCAGGUAAACUGUGGUUUGCCUACGCCUACAUCUCAGAUGCAAUACAGCUUCGGAGCAUUACAUACAGAAGCACUGGGUUUCUCAGUAGCUCAAAAAAGUCUUCAUGAUGUUCCUUGCUAAAGCUUUGCUGAGCGGAGGAAGUGGUAGUGGUCAUGGAAGCAGCCUUGCACGUGGCCUUGGAGGUCUCCUGACAGGAGAUGGGCAUGGAAGGAAUCUUGGAGGACUUGUUGGAGGUCUUGUCAAUCUCAUAAGUGAAGCAGCAGCUCAGUAUAAUCCGGAGCCACCUCCACCUCCACACCAUCAUUUUACGAAUGUGGAAGCUUACGAGAGUGAGGAGAUCAGACAGUUUCGUCGCCUUUUUGUCCAGCUUGCUGGAGAUGACAUGGAAGUGUCUGCCACAGAGCUAAGGGACAUCCUGAACAAAGUUGUAUCCAGACAUCAAGACUUGAAAACAGAUGGCUUCAGCUUGGACACGUGCCGUAGCAUGGUAGCUGUCAUGGACAAUGAUACAAAUGGAAAACUGGGCUUUGAAGAGUUUAAGUAUCUGUGGAACAACAUCAAGAAAUGGCAGUGUGUUUACAAGCAGUAUGAUACUGAUCAAUCAGGCACUGUUGGCAGAGCUCAGCUGCCAGGUGCCUUGAAGGCUGCAGGGUUCCACCUGAACGAGCAGCUUUGCCAAGCGAUCAUACGCAGGUAUGCUGACGAGCAUGGCAGCAUGGACUUCAACGACUUCAUUAGCUGCUUGGUACGACUGGACAGCAUGUUCCGGACCUUCAAGUCCCUGGACCCAGAUGGAGAAGGACGGAUUAAAGUGACCAUUGAAGACUGGCUAGAGCUGACCAUGUAUUCAUGAAGGUGUACCAGCGAGGAAAAGCUUCAUCUGGAAGAUACAUACAGAAGACUACAAUCUUCUACUAUAGAACUGUAGUCUUUUCCUUGUUCUGAGGCAGAUGUAGCCUGUGGCAGAUAGCUCAAAGUGUUGUGGUUCCUCUUCUGCAUGCAUUAUCUGCUUUUCUGAAGGGUUUGGGUUAGUUGUCAGUUGAACAGCUGCAUGUCUCAGAAAACUAUCUCUAGAUUCUGAAGUGUGGGAAUGUGUGGAAGGAUCAAAGCUUAGUUAUUCAUGUAAAGUGGCUUGUAUGUGAGUAUAACUAUUACAUAAAAGCUCAUAAGUUUGGUGUUGAUGUUACUGUUCCAACUCUUCAGCAUUUGCUAAGCUGGAAUAAAGCACUGUUUGCGUAAAGGCAAUCACCAGUAAA